GUGGAUGUCACACGACACAUAACAGUGGGCUCCACUGAUUUUUGUUACAUGGACUCCCUGUGUAACAGGUGUUAAAGGAAAGGCGCACACACGUCUAAGACGCUUAAAGGAAAGGGGAGAGAGGAGUUGGGGAGAGACGAUAACGGACCCUUCAAUGGGCCCACAAACUCCCUGGCCGUGAAAAGCACGUGGCACUCAAAGAACGGUCCUCCAGAACUCGACAAUAACGACAAGACCCCUCUCAGCCAAUAUAUGUGCUGACGUCACCUCAAAAAACUCACCCGCCCCCCAAUCGCUCGGAUCGUUCCUCUAAAUCCCGUACUCCUCACACCUAUUAAUAGUUUCCUACACCACCUGACAGAUCGCAUUUUGCGUUUGCAUUCGCUCUGAUAGAGAUAAAGAGUCUGAAAUGGCAUUUCGGAGAGAAAAGAGGAAUCAUCAACCACUAAAACUCCCAUUGCCAACCCAAACGCUCGCUCUGGAAAUCCACCACAAAUUUCUGCUGCCAUCGCCGGACUCGCACCCGUUACCCCCAUCGCUGGACUCCCCACCGGGAAUUCAGGCCCUGUCCGACCUCAAGAAGCUGGAGGUCAUAGGCCACGGCAAUGGUGGCACAGUCUAUAAGGUCCAGCACCGCUGGACCUCAGAGGUCUUCGCGCUCAAAGUCCUCAGGCUGGGGCCAGACGCAGCUGCUGGCUCGCAGCAGGCUAAUCGCGAGGCCGACAUCCUCAAGCAGGUCGACUCCCCCUUCGUCGUCAGGUGUCACGGUGUGUUCAACGGUGACGACGGCGACAUCUGCUUCUUGAUGGAGCUCAUGGAUAGGGGAUCCCUGCACGAUGUGCUGCGGGCCCGGCAGAGGCUGCCAGAGAAACUCAUCUCAUACGUUGCAUGGCGGGUCUUAGAGGGGCUCAGGUACCUGCACGGCUUGCUCGUCGUCCACAGGGACAUCAAACCAUCAAAUUUGCUUAUCAAUGACCGUUGGGAGGUGAAGAUAGCAGAUUUCGGUUCGAGCCGAGUAGUGGAGAGGAAUGCACAUUGCUCCUCGUACGUGGGGACAUUCGCGUACAUGAGCCCAGAGAGGUUCGACCCCGACCGUUGUGAGGGUUCAUACAAUGGAUUCGCUGGGGAUGUGUGGGCCCUCGGGGUGGUGCUGCUGGAAUGCCAUGUGGGCCACUUCCCAUUGAUCUCGGUGGGGCAGAGGCCAGACUGGGCGACGCUAAUGUGCGCCAUAUGCUUCGGUGACCCUCCGGAGGUGCCUGACACAGCAUCACCAGAGUUCGGGAACUUCGUGAGGCGGUGCUUGGAAAAGGACUGGACGAGAAGGGCCACGGUGCAGGAUCUUCUCAACCAUCCUUUCGUGGAACGUUCUGAAGGAUGGACUAAUGAUUUUGAUGAAUGAUCGUUUAUUUCUUUCAUUCCUUUUUUUUCUUUUUCUUUUUUGGCAUUUUGAAUUAUUAUUUGUGUGGGGGUGUUUUAAUAAUUUGUUAUAAAAUCCUCCUCACAGAUACUGUUUCAUAUGGCCAUUUCUAUUCAUUUCAAUGGAGAGUCACUGAUACUUUUUUUUCUCUUCUUUUUUUUUUUUGGUCUUUUUGGUAGGCGUGGGGCCAUUGCUUCUACCCGUUAGGGUGGGCCACACAUGCACGGUGGAAAUGGAGUACGUGCAGGUUCUUUCAGGCAUCGGUCAAGAUUGGUUGAUGAUCAUCUGAUGAUGAAACGCAGGGGUCCUUAUAUGGAUCAGGGACAUGGGCAAACGGCAACUUGGAGUGUGUUUAUGGGGAGGGGCUGAGGGCCAGACACUGGCAGCCGCAGUUCAUCACUUCUCCAGGGACCUCGGCCAUGUAUUAACUGAGAUGAAGGCCGUAAAAGACAUUAUCCACCUUCCGAUUCUCACCUGAUUACUUGCUAUCAGGGCUUGGGAGGCAACUGGGCUGGGUUGGCCCCCCUUUUUUGGCUACUUUGGGGCUGAGCCUCAACCUUAUGGGUUAGGCCCAGGCCUGAAUUCUAGGCUCAAAAGAUAAUUGGGUUGGACAUGGGCUUGCAUCGUCUCAAAGACCCAGCAACUGGGUCUGCUGUACAAGCUUCGACCCAGUCCAUGAAGACAUCUAUGACCAGUAGGUCAGAUGCAAUGUUUUAAAACCCAGACUCGACCCAAUCGAACCACCAGUCCAAAUGGUCCAAACCAGGAGCUCUAAUCAAUGCAUUACUGAAUAAAAAGAAAUAGAAUAAAAGGACUAAGAAAACAAAACAACUCAAACAAGUGGAUGGGACAUUUGACAUCUUAGUGGAGGUUGUAGGUACAAGCUCCAUCAGGUAGUGGUACAUUUAAUCAAGAAAAACGGCUGACCACAAAUCAAUCCAGGUUACUGACCUGGCCCCUUCUUGCCAUAUUUCUAAAACUCACUCACUUGACUCGAAACUCAGCUGAGUCAACUCGCCUCAGCGAGAUUUUGAGCCAACUCUCUUGGAAAUUCAGUUAUAGGUCUGACUUGAUCUUGACUCAUCAAAUCAACUUGACCACUCAGUUGA